AUGUGGAGGAAAAAGUACUACGAGAACCCGCGGCGUCUCGCCCUGGCCGCCAUCGCGAAGGAGACACAGGAAAGGACACCCACCAUCGCAGCAAGGCUGCCACACCUCGACGUGUCAAAAUCCGAGAAGCUCGACCUACCAUCCCUGCCGCCUCUGGACCCAGCCAAAUGCCCACAAUUCCGAAUCCCCAACCAGGGCUCGCUGGUGGGCACAACAACGCGGGUGUUCAACCGAGACUCGUUCGACGCCGCCCUGUCCAUGUCCUCGUCCAUCCUUGACCUACACCCUACUCCGGGAGAAAAGUCCAUUACCUCGACAGAGAAUGAAAAAGAGAUCCUCUCCCAUUUGGAACCCCUCUCAGCCUCCCCAACGAACCUCAACCCCUCCACCGCGGCGCGGGUGGCCGUGCUGAACAUGGCAUCGGACCGCAACCCGGGCGGCGGCUGGCUGAAUGGGGCCUCGGCUCAGGAGGAAGCGCUGUGCUUCCGCAGCACGUUGGCGGCGUCGCUCCAUCGGGCGUAUUACCCGCUCCGGAGGCGGGAGGGACUGUACACGCCGGAUGUAGUCGUCUUCCGCCGGUCAGCGGCAGCGGGUGGGGAGGAGGGACAUAAGCUGAUGGUGCCCGAGACGGCGGUGGGGGAGCUGCCUGUUGUGAGUGUGUUGAGUGUGGCGGGGAUUCGGGGGCCGGAGGUUAGACCUGAGGGAGAAGAGGGAGGCAGGGAGGAGGGGGGACAGGAGAAGAAGGCAGUCGGGAAGGAGGCUGCUGAGAGUGGGCGAAAAGAAGCCGAGGGCGAUCAGGAGCGUGGAAAGGGCAAGACCAAGACUCCCAAGGGACCGUUCGUCUUUGCCGACCCCGCCGCGCGCGAGUUGACCAAAGACAAGAUGCGGCUGUGUCUGCGGAUGGCUGGCGCCAAGGGCCAUACGAUGCUUGUCCUCGGGGCGCUCGGCUGUGGGGCGUUCCGCAACCCGCCGCAGGAGGUGGCUCGGUGCUGGCAGGAGGUGCUGGGCGAGGCCGAGUUUGCCGGCGGCUGGUUCCGCGAGAUCUGGUUCGCCGUCUAUGACCGCAGGAACGAGGGCAACUUCGACGUCUUCAGGGAUGCUUUUGACGGGAAGGUUGUCGGUGAACGGAAACUGUCGGGUCUCGGAGAAGUAGAUAUAUGA